AUGUCUGCACCGGCGAUGGCUUCACGAACCCUGCCGACGGCACUCCCAGUGCUGCCUGCCACAUAUAGUAGCGAUCACGUUGAGCCCGUGUUUCUCAACGUCUCCACGGCCGAGGAGGUCAUUGAAUGUAUCAUCAACGCUCACGAUAACGUCGGCACUGGUGACUGGGGUAGCCUGCCUCUUCUCAGCUUUCACUGGGACGACGCAAGCCGGGUGGACGAUCUUUCCGAUCGGCUGUUCGUCAGACUACGUGAGCUCGACCGACCGAAGAUUCAUCGAUUCGAAUACGAUUACGAAUCCAAGACGGUGUUCCUCAAGAUAUCCGAAUCCGAGUUUCGCUACCAGGUUCAAAUGGGCCUUCGCGACUACCUGAGGAAGUACACUGGCUUCCCCCCGUUCAUGGAAAAAUUGGUCGUUACGGCAAGUGAUGAAAUCUUUCGAGACUCGCUCGAGGCCAUCGAAGACUGGGGUUGGGUUACUAUCGAAUACGGCAACAAGCUUUACAAGCAAGCCGAUGUUUCAUUCGGCAAGAUCGUCAGGAUGCCGAAGGCGUGUCAAUACAUCGAUAUGUCGGAUGGCAAGAUCCGAGUCGCCAUGAUUCUUGACCUGCAGUAUCCCGACAUGAAGAAGGGUUGGGUGAGCCUACGGGUAGCAGACGACUCCUCAAGCUACUGGGCCAAGCAAUCCGAGCUCUUCUACGAUGAGGACCUUGCUCAACAGCCUGUUGGCCAGGUUGGCCUGUAUCUCUCCGACUUCCUCGGCCCUGCUGGGUUACGACCAGCCUUUUGUCGCCCCUCGGCCUCCGAGCUGGCUGCUGGGAUUACAAGGGACCCUGCCAUCCCUCUACCGUACGAGAAACUUCAGGCCAUCUUCCGGAGGUCCCGCUACAUAUCCAACCCGAAGGAGUUCACGAUGGAGCCUGGCGACGAAGAAGAAAAUAUAUACCUGUACAUGAACCGAUUGGCCGAGAUACGCAACGAAGUGCGCAUCGAAACCGAUCGGUGUGUGACUGAAUUACGCGCCGAGAAGCACCGCCGCUUCGAUGCGAUCCACGUUGAGAAGAUGCGGCGAAUGGACGAGAUAUGCGAUGAUAUGAGCCGCCGGUUUGGCAUCCGGGUGCAGCAGCGCUUCGCCGAGGCGGACAACGAAGCACUCGGUAAAGCACGCAGCGAAGCCGAGCGGAGCGAGGCGGAAGCGCGCACCAUGGCCCUCAUCAAGAGCGAUAUGGCCGAGGAAUUUGCCGAGUUGGAUCGCCAGAAGAAACAGAUACUCGACGAGACGAAGCCCCAGAUACGUGAGGCAUGUGAGGAAGAGAAGCGCCGCAUAGAGCAAGAACUCGACGAGAUGGACCACCGGAUGAUGCCUGCCGAGAUUGAGCGGCGCAUGGCUGAACAACGCCACUGGCUCUACGGAAUAUUCAAGCGGAUUCAGCGUGUCUGGAACGCGUGA